GGGUCAAAUAAUUAUCUUGUUUUCUUUUCCUUUUUCCUUUUUAAAUUAAACAAAACUUUAUUGACAAUGGCCCACGCUAACGUUUGGAACUCUCACCCCAAGACUUUCGGUAAAGGUUCUCGUGCCUGUAGAGUCUGCUGUCAUCGUGCCGGUCUUAUCCGCAAGUACAACCUCAACAUCUGUCGUCAAUGUUUCCGUGAAUAUGCCAGCGAUAUUGGUUUCAACAAGUUCCGUUAAAAUUCAAUUGUUUUAUUAGGAGACACGAACAUUUAUUUGGUGUAAAUAAUAAUAAAAAAAAAAACUUUAUAUUUGAUUAUUUCUCUUUU